GGUAGCGGCAGUGCGGGGUAUCGGCUGGGCUCUGGUCUCAGGCACGCGUGGCAGCCGGAGGUUGCCGUGUUCUUCUGACUGACUUUUGCUCUGCUUGUGACAAGAGACCGGGAUGGAAAAGCCGGCUCCUCUGCAUAAGUUUGAGCACCACAGUAUAUAACCUGGAGAGACCCGCAGGCUAUUCAUACAGGAAGCAGUCCUGUCAGAUCAGCAUUAGAGGAAACAUGUGGGGCCCGCUGGAAAAAGUGCGGAUCCUGCACAUUUUUUGCCUUUUCUACAGAAUCCAACUUUAGAAGGUUGUGGGUUUUUUUUUUUUUUAAAGUUUGCAUUUUUUUGUGUGUGGGGGACCUUCAGAAUACGAUACUGAGGAUUUUCUGAGGAAUGUAGCCUCCAGUCAGAUAAGCAAUAGAAAGAAGGUGCUAGCAUAUGUUGUCCUUUGGUCUCGGUGGGGGUGUAGUUCAAAGCCCCAGCAGGCCAAUGGAGAUACAGGGGCUCUGCUGGGCAGGAGUCGGCAAAGCAGUGGCGAUCUGGGGGAUUCUGUUAGCACGGUGGAGAACGCACUGGUCUGUCACAGAAGAUGGUGUGUUUUCAGGAGAGCUUUUUUGGUCUCUUGGUGUUAUGGAGACAGUGUGGGUGGGACUGUUCUGUUCCUCCAGUUUUCUUCCACAGCAAGUAUGCUAGAGUGCUUGCCUCCCAAGACAGACAAUUCUCAUCUGAGAACUUGAGAGCCAUAAAGAAGCAAUUUUUCUUCUUCCUGUUGUCUAUAAGGGGAAGAUUGGCUGUCUUGAUAGCUUAGUGGACUGCUGAAAUGCCCCUUUUGAUUUAUGUAGCCCUGCCUUUUCCCUUGCUCCUUUUCCUUGUUUUUCUUGUUACUUUUUACCAGCUGAUCAGGUUUGAAUUUAGCUUUUCCUCCACCCUCUGCUCUUUAUUUCUUUCUGAUCACAGAAGCUGGAGAAGCUAAGACUAACCCGGGCCACGUCGUGUCCGUUUCCCGUCUAAUGCAGGAGUAUCUGGAGAGAUGUGUUCGCUGUAACUUAGUUUAAUCUCAAAAGCCUGCAGCAGAGAGGGCUUCCACUACAUCAUCUGGAAGAUGGUUUAGCUGUUGAACAGACCUCUCUGGAACACUUCCCCUGCUUCAUGGCAAACCCAAUGCAGAGAACCUCCCCUGAUCUCUGUGGCAAGGAUGGAUUGGUCUCAUUCGGUCUCCACCUUCCUGUGAUUGGUUUCAUUCCUUUCCUUUGGGUCAUUCUCCUGCUUAAUCCCUCCCCUUCCUUAGUGUUUGGAGCCUUUGGAGACCUCCUUAUCCCAUUAGUGAUGUCACUGUUUAGCCAGGCCUGUUUAGAGGAAGACGGCCGGAAGCAACCAGCUGUGGGUCACUGGAAGCCGCUAAUGCCAUCCAAAGGCGGCAAGGAGGAGCCAGAGCAUGGAUGCCAGGACCCAGGAGGGGAUGAGAGCCAGUCCACUGAGCAGCUCAACGUCUCUCGUCUGCGCAGCUCCUCAGUGGAGAUCCGUGAGAAGGGAUCUGAGUUCCUGAAGGAAGAGCUGCACAGAGCACAAAAGGAGCUGAAGCUGAAGGACAAGGAAUGUGAGAGACUGUCGAAAGUCAGAGAACAGCUGGAGCAGGAACUAGAAGAGUUAACAGCUAGUCUGUUUGAGGAAGCGCACAAGAUGGUGAGAGAAGCAAACACUAAACAGGCGGCGUCAGAGAAACAGCUGAGGGAGGCACGGGGGAAGAUUGACAUGCUGCAGGCUGAGGUGACAGCUUUGAAGACUCUGGUGAUCACAUCCACACCUUCCUCUCCAAACCGGGAGCUGCACCCCCAGCUUCAGAGUCCCUCCAAAGCUGUCUUCAGGAAAGGGCAUGGCCGAAACAAGAGCACCAGCAGCGCGGUGGUCUCAGCUGCCAGCCAGAUUGUGACCCCAGAGCCAGUCAGCCACGAGUGCAAAGAGUCUGGGGUACCUGCUCUCCUCUCUCUGCUCCUUUGUAUCAUCCCUGGGAAGGCUAUCCACAUCACCUAUGAACCAGGCUGGCAGGCCUUGGGGGCAGAUGCUUCCUCAUCCUUGCGGCAGGUCGACUCCAUUUUAUUUGCUGAGUUCCAGGCCUGGAAGGAGUCUCCAACUCUGGAUAAAUCCUGCUCCUUCUUGGACAGAAUUUACCGAGAAGAUGUAGGACCAUGUCUGGACUUCACUAAGCAGGAGCUAUCGGAGCUGGUGCGAGUAGCUGUGGAGCAGAACACACUCACUAUUGAGCCUGUUGCUUCGCAGACGCUGCCUGUGGUGAAGGUGUCAGCAGUAGAGUGUGGUGGGCCAAAUGGGUUCCGGUCACAAAUUGUAACGAAGUGUGCUCUAAGUGGCCUCCCCAGGACCUGCAAACACCGGAUCAUGCUGGGGGAUUCUGGGAAUUACUACUACAUUUCACCAUCCUGCAGGGCCAGGAUCACAGCGGUGUGCAACUUUUUCACGUAUAUUCGCUAUAUCCAGCAGGGCUUGGUGAGGCAGGAUGUGGAGCUGAUGUACUGGGAAGUCAUGCGGCUCCGGAGGGAGAUGUCUCUAGCCAAACUUGGGUUUUUUCCCAGCGAGAUGUAAGCUGGGGCCUGAGCGUGGAAGGAAACUGCUCCUGUUCAAAUGGCCUGCCAAACAUGGUUUGCCAAACAGAUGAAUGUGGUGCCUCUCCCGUAAUGGGCCUUGCUUCCUCCCCUCCUUCGCUCCUUCUGCCUGAUGCUGAUCGUGGAGCAAGAAGCACAACUUUCCCCUUUGGCUGUCCCACUUCUCCUCCAACUGUGACUGGAAUGCAGCCACCGUGCUGCCCUCUCAGAGCCAGGCUGGUCCUGGCUGCUCUCGGGGUGGCCACCUACGGACUGUCCUCUGUGGAGUCUCCUUUAUGCAGUCUAUAUCCAGUUUUUAAACUUUUUGUUUUUAUAUGCAGUCUGCUUUGGCAUAGUCUGAGGCCGGUCCUGUGCAAGGCAGGAGUCUUGGGCUCCCUUCUUUGUAAGCAAGUCUUUCAGGACAGAUGCUGGCUGUCUGUCCACUCAUUCCUUGGGGUGGAAGGCGCUGUUGCCCAGCCAUAUGCCGAGCCCCUGCUGAUCACUUACUCCUCUAAUGACCCUGCAAAUGCCAGCAGCACACAAUAAUCUCAUGGAGAGCCAUGAACAGCUUGUUUCCAAGUACUUCCUUGCUCCUUUUAAGGAGCCUUCAAGAGAAGCUUUCUGCCAGCUGAGUCACAAAGAGGGUUUUGUUUCUGUUUUUAGCUUGCGAUUUGGCACUGGGUUCUUGUAAUCUGGGCUGGGGAAAUGACCAGAGCUGAGGCCAGAGCUGUGCACCUGGGGCCUUCAGCAGAAGAAAGUGAGCAGGGAAAUUGUAUAACUCGCAGCUGGCCACAGCUUGGCUGUAGUCAGUGCAGAAUGUUUUCUCCUGGCCUAGGGAAUCGGCUGCAGUCAUCACAGGCAGAUGCAGGCCCUCAGGGAUGUUGCCCUGUGACAGUCCUAGGUGCAGAAAGCCACCUGUGGUGCUCUUAAAUACAAAUCUUGGCCACGGACAAAUGCCUUUGAGCUGUUUGUGCUGAGGGUAGCUUUGGGCACUGCUCUUCCCACUGUCCCGGUAGAAACCAAGGUCCCAAGCCAGCUUCUUUCUCUGUCCAGAAGGUGCGUGCCUAGGUUGGGCUCUGUCUUGAGACCCAGAGAUUUCCUCCCCAGUAUAACACCAGGCCUAGAGAUUCACUUCCAUUGGGGAAAUUCAGCUUCUCCCAGGCUACCAUCCCCCAAUGGGGAAGUCUGAGACAUCUUUGUAUACCUGUGUGAGGGAUGUGGCCACAGUCUGUUUCUGUAUGCCUCAAGACAUGCUGGGAGGGACGUGGCCAAAGCUUUUGGAAGGGAGGGGCCCUCUAUAGCUUGAGCUCAGCCCCAGGCCCUGUCUAUACAGAACUGUGUUAAAGCCAUGGCAGUGUUUGAUGCUGAUUAGCUGCCUUCAGUGACUGUGGAAUCAUCUCUGUCACCACCCUGGGGCUUUCAUCUCAUGUAGCAUUUCUGCACUCUUGCUCUGGGAUGUCACCCUGUCUCUGCUGUCAUAAGAGCUCCUGUCUUAGCAGAUUGGUGCUCAGAACCACAUCACCAGCCUCAGCUCCACUGAGUUUCGUCGUCUCCUGGGAGAUGCUGCAGUAGGAACUUUGUAUCUUUAGUGGAAAAAAAACCCCCUAACAGCUGCUGUGGUUUUGUCUAGGGGAGGGAGGAAUAGACUGGAGAAGACCAAGUUCUGGUUUAGGAGCUAAUGCAAGGACAGCUUCACAGCAGAUCUGAGAAAAUGUUGCUGUGGAAGACCUUCAUGAGUGCAUGCUUUUCUGUCACUGAGCAGAGACUUACUGCAUGCUGCUGAGUUGCUUCUCAGGGGACUCCUUUCCUUAUAGCCAUACUGGCAUACGUCGUCACUUGCCAAGGGUGAGUAGCCACGUGAAACCUCAGUUGUCAUCCCCAGAGCUGGGAGAACGCACCUUCCGCUCCGAAAGGGCUGAAGCCAGAGUGGCUGUUACCAUCCUGGUUCUGCGUUUGCCUCCCUCACAGCUGAGUGCCCCUGGCUCAUGCUGUUGACCGUAGCUAGGUGGGUGCAUGUGUCUGCUACUCUUCCACAGAGAAAUAAGUUUCAAAUGUGGAGUAACGGUAUGGAGAAAACAUCUUUGGUGUAGAGUCAGGCUGGGUCUUAAGCUGAUAAUAAACCUGCACUUUUUUUGUUGGUGUCUUCAGAUUCGUGGCAAUUUGACAUCAGCUUUUCAAGAGGGGAAAAAGUAGAAAUGCUCUUCCCCAGCUGCAGAUUUCAGCUCAGGUAAAGUCCAUUCGUGGUAGUUUCCCCUUGGAUCUGAUCCCCUGACCUUUGGAUGUCUACAUGUUGCCCUGUGCCAUUAGCUGCUGCAUUGCACAGCAAGUGUUGCUGCAUUGCAGCGGUGGAAGUGAGAUGAUCUCUGUGUAGGAGAUGUUUUGGUCCGUGGGGUUUUUUCCCGCCCAGCGUCACUUUGUAAAGCACUUUGGGAUGAAAGGAAUUAAACAAAUGCAUUAUAUAAGGUUGUCUUGCAUUUAAAAGAAAGCAUAAAGAACAAUUUGUAAAUUAACCUGAAGUUACUCUGUUAACAGCGGGAUGGUUGCACCCUACUCUUCAUUAAAGGAAAAUAAACAUUUGCUGUUAACCUC